GGGUUAACUAAGCCGCGUGGAUAAUUGCGUUUAUGUUAAGCGCAAGAACAGCGUUUCGAUUCUUUUCGUCUUUUUUUUACUCGUUUCACGACGCCGUUUCGGAUGGAUUUCAUGGAGGUGACUCCGUGGCGCCUGAUUGGGUCAUAAAUGUUGACACUCACGACUCACCUUUGCACCUACGCCGAAUGCAGCCCACUCCGACUUUCUACAUCGGCCUUUAUUUGGAUUUUAACCGGAUUUAAUAACAUAAUUCUAAGAAUAGUGACGGAGACAGGGUGGAAUCUGAGAAGAAAAAAUGCAAAGGUUUGUGGUGAUUUCCUGUGAUGCCAUGUUGGAGGAAAUGUGAAGUGAGGAUGGAAGCCGAUGGUAAAGAACCAAAAGAUCUGACUCAACCGAGGACAAUAUUCACCACUGCUCAAAUUAAACUGAGCGGUUCACCAGGGACGUCGCCGACUAAUUCCCCGGCACCGGCAGUGCCCACGCCGACGUCCCAUAGCCCAGGGUACAACCAUAAAAUAACCGGGAUACCUUAUGUAGCCGCUGCGAACCGCUACACGGCACCGGUCCACAUCGACGUCGGCGGAACCAUAUACACAUCAUCAUUAGAAACCCUCACCAAAUAUCCUGAAUCGAGACUAGCGAAACUUUUCAACGGCAGUAUCCCCAUUGUACUUGAUUCCCUCAAGCAGCACUACUUUAUCGACAGGGAUGGAGGGAUGUUCAGGCACAUCCUGAACUUCAUGAGGAACUCGAGACUUCUCAUCCCCGACACCUUCACCGACUUAGACUUGCUACUCGAAGAGGCCAAAUAUUUCGAAAUCCAACCUAUGAUUCGGCAACUCGAACAGAUGAAAAAGGAAAGGUGCAAGUCCAAAGGGAUCAAAAACGGGCCAAGUCCGGACAAGCAAGUUCAGGAAAGUUACGAAUGUGUCGCUGUCCAUGUCAGCCCGGAUCUCGGAGAAAGGAUAAUGCUCUCUGGGGACAGAUCACUACUCGACGAAGUUUUUCCCGAAACUGGUCAGGCGGCGAUGGACGCUCGAUGUGGAGCUGCUUGGACCCAAUCCGAUACAAGGCAGGUCAUAAGGUUCCCUCUGAACGGUUAUUGCAAGUUGAAUUCGGUCCAAGCGAUCACAAGGCUUUUGAAUGCUGGCUUCAAAGUCGCUGGAAGCAACGGAGGCGGUGUCGAAGGACAGCAGUUUUCCGAGUAUCUUCUCGUACGGAAGGCAUCUCCGUCCUAGAAAACCAGGCCGGAUGCCACUGCAUUAUUGUGUGUCUUUUAUGCUGGAUAUCAUUUGGUACUGGAUUUAUACAUUCGACAAACGAAGAGUCGGUUCAGUGAAGAAUUUCUUAAGUCGUCCUAGUCUGCAGACCAGUCGGGGAGACAGACGCGUACAGUCUACGAUGCUGAACGGCCGAAGAGGGUAAAUAAGCUUUUAGGUCUUCAUUUUACUGUCCUUGAUUUAAAUCACGCGUGAUACAUUUUGGGUAUAUUGUAAAAUUUAAAGGGAACAAUUUUGUAUUGCCUCUUCAUAAGUUAGCAGAAAAAAAAUUAUCUUUGUCUUAUAGUUGAAAAUUUCCGUAGCACCUAUAUAUUGUGUAUUUUAAAAUGCUAAUUAACAUAUAUUUGAAUUUUACUUACAUUUCUGAACAGUU